CGUCUUCGUAGUAAACAACAACUUCCGAGAACACCUUCAAGCAAUCUCAUCUAAAGCAACGAACCGAACGACAAUUUUAGCCAACCAUGGGAAAGGGAAGCAACGUCCAGAAAGCCCAACAGGCCCGUGAGCGGAACCAAAAAAAGUUGGGCAAAACCGACGAAGGUAGGUGGUGCCGAAGCAUCGAAAGGCCAAUCCGUGCCGGACAGGACGGCUGUGCAGCACAACACAGAGACCGCCAAACUCACCCACCCUCCCGCCCGAUCCUUUUGUCUUUCUGUUCUGACCCGGCGCACCGCAUCGAUUCGAUUCGAUUCGAAUCGAAGAACGAAGAGCGGCCAGCAACAAGGCCAAGCAGGACGCCUGCGCGAAAAAAUGCAUCGUUUGCCUGCAAACGUUCAUGGUGAACUCGCGUCCGCCGCUGCUGUACCAACACGUCGUGGCCAAGCACCCCGAUAUGCUCGCGGAUCCCACGAGAUGCUUUCCCGAGCUCGUGGGAUACGACCCGAGGUGAGCAUUUCGAUUGCGGUUGUGCAGUGUAGCGCCGCGUGGUGUGGUGUGCCGUAACAGCCUCGUCUUCUGUUUUGUUGUGUUUGUGGCGUUUUGUUGCCUCGGUGUUCCCUCGUCGUCGCGUUUGCCUUGUGUCGGUUGGUCCGGCUGUUUUCCCUGUUGCCAUUGCGCUCGCCACGGCAUUUUGUUGGACGAAAACAACACGACGCCGUUGCGUUUUGUUUCGUUUGAAUGAACGCAAUCGAUACGGCAAUGAGAUCCUUUGAUGAUUUACGACACCAAUGCAAUAUUGAUUUGUGAUUCUGAUCAUUCUUUCCGGUGGGUUGCAUACAAUUGUUUCGUUCUCGACAAUGCAAUAAACACGCGCGCACAAA